AUGAGUAUGCGAGCGAUGCGUAUGACGCUGAACAUGUUACGGUACAUGGCGGUCUCGUUCUGUGAAAACAUCCAGUCGGUGUCACGCUUCUGCCUCCCCGUCUCCGAACGUAUCGAUGGCGACUGUGAGUGCCGCCUGUUCACCCCGUACGACCGUCGGCACACCCGUGGCACCCUCUACCUGUCCGCCCAUUUUGCGUGCUUUGAGAGCAAGGUGGAGAACCUGGUGAGCGUCGUCAUCCCGCUGCUCGAGGUGUCCUCCGUCGAAGAAUGCUCCGGUGGCACUGAGGCUGCACAGAAGAACUGCGGCAUAUUGGUCUGCCUGCAUAAUGGGACGGCCAUCAUGUUCACCGAGGUGCCAGAUCGGGAUCGAGUGCUCGCGAAAUUGGUGGCCUUCCGCGAACAGGCUAAAAUCCAACACUCCUUUGACAAGACGAAACGCGCCGAGAAAAACGGUCCGUUGAUCCUGUUGGAAAAGCCGCUGAUUGCCAUCUACCCGUUCGGCAACGACGUCGGGCCGGCGCUGGAGAAGAAAUGGGAAAAGCUCUCCGAUGAGUACGGUUGGGGCGUCGGCAUGUACCGGACGGUGGAUAUGCAUCGGCUGCUGCUCGACGGAAUUCCCACGAAUAAACGGGGAGAGAUGUGGAUGCUUUGCUCGGGGGCCGGUGCCGAAAUGGGUCUACACCCCGGGUAUUACGCUAGUCUACUGGCCCGCCAUUUUGGCCAAUUCACCGUGGCGGUGGAAGAGAUUGAGCGAGAUUUGCAUAGAAGCCUUCCCGAACACCCAGCAUUCCAAAAGGGUCCCGGAAUCGAUGCACUCCGCCGAAUCCUGACCGCCUACUCCUUCCGCAACCCGAACAUUGGCUACUGCCAGGCGAUGAACAUUGUCGGCUCGGUGCUGCUGCUGUUUGUGCCCGAGGAGCAGGCGUUUUGGCUGUUGGUGGCAGUCUGUGAGCGGCUGCUCCCCGAUUACUACAAUACGAAGGUCGUCGGAGCGCUGGUGGAUCAGGGCGUCUUCAGCGAGCUCGUCCAAUCUUUCCAGCCGUCCAUUCACCAACAGCUUUCGCGUAUCGGGCUCGAUCAGAUGAUAGCGCUGUCCUGGUUCUUGACCGUCUUCCUGUCCGAUAUCAAGUUUGAAGCUGCUGUGCGGAUUUUGGAUCUGUUUUUCUUCGAAGGAGCAAAGUUAAUGUUCCAAGUGGCCCUCGAGAUCCUGAAAGACAACGAGGAACUGCUCGCGAGCUCUCGCGACGACGGCGACACGAUGGUCGCCCUCAGCGCGUACACCGCCAAAAUUGUCGAGACGGAUGAACAUCAGGAGGGAAAGAUCUGCAUCGGUAACCUGCUCUCCAACUCGUAUCGCGAUUUCGGGUGCGCCUUCACGAACGCCCACAUUGAAAAGCUGCGGCUAAAACAUCGACUGAAGGUGGUGCAGGGGCUGGAGGACUCGCAGAUGAAGAGCAUCAUCCGAAGCGUCGGCCAGGAGUGCAAGUUUGGUCAAGAGGAGCUGGAGAAGCUGUACAACCUCGUCAAGGAAGAACACCUACUCUCAUGGAGAACAAGACUGGCCAUGUCAGCGCGCGGCAAGGAGGAAUCAAUGUUGGAAAAGAGCUCCCGCGGCUCUUCCUCCUCGCAAUAUCGUGUUGACUUUGAGCUGUUCGAGCAGAUCAUCCCUCGCAUGCUCCCCUGGACCGUGCACCACAUCUUGAUCGUUCGCCUAUUCAGGCUACUCGACAUCACCGAAUCCGGGCUUCUCACAUUCCGCGACGUGGCCGUGACGCUUUCUAUCUUGCUAUUGGGCGACGCUACCGAGAAAUUGGCGCUAUUCUACAAGUGCCAUUUGCCGCCCGCUUUCAACGAGUCCGACUUGGACGAGGAGGACCGGGUGUUUGGGGAGGAGCACGAGGACGAUGAGGACAAGCCGGAAAUGGCAUGUGAAGCUCAUGUGCUUUUGGGGUCGCCGCGACAUCGCGGCAGCACCAGCGGUCGCACUGAUGAUGGGCUCCGCGAUAUGCGAAGCAGAAGUAGUACGGCCACUUCCAUCACCAUGCUUGAGGCACCGAGCUCAUCGGCGUCGCUCAUUGAACUCAUCGCUUCGAGAUCGCAAUGCUCGGACGACGAGCCAGAAUCGGCCAAAGAGGCAUCAAAUGAUAACGGAAGCGAUAAUUUCUCCCUUGUUGCCGAGUCGGUGGAGAAGUUGAAGGUGCUGCGUGCCAAGAUGUGCCACGAGGGGCACGAGACGACACGAGCCGAGAUUCGGGCCCUUCCACCGAUGAACCAGACGCAAUUUAUCCAAAUGUGGAAAACGUUCUACGAGCUCGUCUCAUCGGAUAAUGUCGAUCAGAAAAUCUUCCAUUCGCUGGCUGUUGUUGGUACCCUGCUCCUGCAAAUCGGCGAAACCUACAAGGAGCUGCAGGCGAAGCUGGAAGCGGAUAUUGCGAAUGCAGUGCUGGAAGAUGGGGAAGAAGCGAAGCGCGGCGAUGGGUCCGAUGCGGAGGAAUUGGUCGACGAGGACGAGGAGGAGAUGCGUAAAGCCCGAGAACCCAUCACCGAGGCUACGCGGCGCCGGGCUGGCGCGCAUUCGCAAGCUGUCUCUGACGGUGAAUGGCGCGUGACAUUGGAACAAGUGCUCGCUUCGGCCAUCUCCGAGUCGCCGCUAUCCGAUUUCUUUCGAGAAGAAGUACAGCCUGGAUGCUUUGAUUUGCCGCUACCGCCGAAGACGCUUCGACACCGUCAAGGAGGCGGCCGCCGAACAACGACCGAUCGGUGGGUCGUGCGCAUUUCGGCGUAUGGCCGAUAUGGGUUAUCGUCUCACCUG